GAGUGAGAGAGAAAGGGGGGCAGCAAGGAAGAGCGAGGGAUGGAAAGUAAAUUAUUUAAAAAAAGGGGAAGGAGAGAUGUUGAGGUAGUUUAUUUGUGAAGAGAUUUGAUCGGAUCACGAUGUUGCGAUUAAGUCUCCUGCUUCUCCUGCUCUCCCACUCGGCCUACCCAAUGUUGCUAGGAUGGGUGGAGUCUCCAGGGUAUCCCAAUGGAUACUUGCCCCAUGCCAGUCUAAACUGGAGCAGGUGUGCCCCCAAAGGUCACACAGUCUCCAUCAGGCUCAUCCACCUGGACUUGGAGGACAGCGAAGACUGUGAAAACGAUGCUGUGAAGGUCUAUUCAAAUGGAAACCUAAUUUCCGUUCUGUGUGGCAAAAAGGAAUUUGAGGAGCUUCAGUCCUCUGUAAAUCCCCUCCACUCCUCCCCGGGCGGCUGCCUCUCUCUUUCGUUCCACUCUGACUACUCAAACACCAAGAGGCACACCGGCUUCAGAGGCUUUUAUACCAGUCAAGACUUUGACGAAUGUGAUGACCCAGACAACGGAUGCACCCAGUUCUGUCACAACUUCAUUGGAGGGUACCACUGCUCCUGUCGUCAUGGUUACCACCUGGAUGCGGACAAACAGACUUGCACUGUGAGUUGUACUGAGGAUCUGUCAGGGCUGAAGAGAGGUGACAUAUCCAGUCCCUCCUGGCCUGCUUCAUACGCAGAGAAUGCCAACUGUCAGCACAUUCUGUCUGUGGAGGCCCACCAGCAGCUGGAGCUGCACUUCUCUGAAGAUUUUGAUGUGGAACAAAGCCCUGAUGGCCAAUGCAUAGAUGCAUUGACGAUUGAGACUCCCUCCGGGACUCUGGGGCCGUUCUGUGGCCACACGCCUCCCCCAUCUCCCUUCCUCACCCACUCAAACCAUGUCCAAAUCCGCUUCAUCUCGGAUGGCUUUGGCACAAACAAAGGCUUCUCUCUCCACUUCAAAACCAGAGACAAGGUCUGUCCAGCAGUGGUAACCCCACACUCCACAGUGACUCCUCAGCAACCAGAAUAUUCUCAGGGUGAAACAGUGACAGUAACUUGUGAUCUUGGCUAUGUUGUGAAUUCUCAAGGCACCCAGACUCUGUCAUCAGAGUAUGUGACAACCUGCCGGGGUACAGGCAUAUGGACUCCCACUUACAUCUGUGAACCUGUGGAUUGCGGUUUUCCUGGUAUCCCAGAAGAUGGUAUCCUUCAGUUGGUUGGCUCAGCAGACACUCAGUAUAAAGACCAGAUCCAGUUUAACUGCAGUUCAAAGUACUACACACUGGAAGGAGAUGACACAUUCACUUGCAGUGCCAGUGGUGACUGGAUAUCACGUGGUGGCAAGACAGAGCUACCCAAAUGCACUGAAGUGUGUGGGAAGCCUGAAAAACACCCUGCAAGUACAGGCAGAAUAUUGGGAGGUAAGAAUGCAAAGCUGGGAGAGAUACCAUGGCAUCUCUUGAUAAAAGAGCCAAGAAGAGGAGGAGCAUCACUGAUCAAUGACCGAUGGGCGGUCACGGCAGCUCAUGUUGUGGAAGACAUAGAGGAAACCUCUUUACGCCUGUAUGGUGGACUGAUAGAUGGAAGAACAGCAGAUAGGUUGUCUGAUGUAGUUGUCGUGGACAGUGAAAGGAUCAUAAUUCAUCCCGACUACGUCAAGGGCAUUGACGAUCGCACCAGUUUUGACAAUGAUAUUGCUCUUAUCAGAUUUUCUUCCAGAGUGAAUUUAGGCCCAAACCUCAUUCCCAUUUGUCUGCCAGAGGUAAAGAGAAGUUGGGUGGAAAAUGAGCUAGGGACUGUGUCAGGCUGGGGGAAGACAGAAGUGCAAAUAAAAAAAGAAGAUGCAACACGUUUUGUCACAUCUGCCCAGUUAAAAUAUGCUCAUAUUGGGGUCAAACCCCUUUCAGAGUGUGAGGAUACCCCUUUAACAUCAACUAAGAAACGCAUGCUUUUCACUAACAAUAUGUUCUGUGCUGGAGCAGACGGAAAGGACAGCUGCCAGAAAGACAGUGGAGGUCCGUUUGUUUUGCCUAUGUUGGCUGAAGGCAGAGAGCCUUAUUAUCUGACUGGCAUUGUGUCCUGGGGACCUCCCUGUGAAGAAAGGCAGUACAAGGGUUAUUAUACCAAGGUGGAAAAUUAUGUUGACUGGAUUAAGAAGACAAUAGACACAAUAGAAAAAUCUUAGAGUGAAAAAAGAUGAGGGAGAAAAUACUUUGCUACUAACCAUAAUAACAUAAUCCAUGUCAGGACUGAUUCAGAUCUUUGAAAUAAAAAAAUGUUUAUGAAUACAAAGACUAUAUAACCUUGUAAUCAAAUGUACCACCAUUAUUAACAUGAAGCUCUGAUCACAUUACGACUUCAUACUUCACUUGUGUAUUAAAGGAAUUUGCAAAUCA